GCAAGUAUUUUCAAGUAAUAAAUAUGAGCUUUGGCAGCUCCAAUUGCUGAAACGGAAUUGCUUACGACGGGCCUAUGGAUGAAGCUGCUACUACAUCAGGUAUUCAAAACGUACCUCCAAUGCAAAUUGCUAUGCUAAUAGUUGGAACCAGAGGAGAUGUACAACCCUUUGUUGCCAUUGGGAAAAAAUUGCAGGAGGAUGGUCACAGGGUGAGGUUAGCUACCCAUUCCCAUUUUAAAAAGUUUGUCUUGGGUGCUGGGUUGGAGUUUUAUCCUCUUGGUGGAGAUCCACAUGUCCUUGCUUCUUAUAUGGUAAGAAAUAAAGGUUUCUUGCCAUCUGGGCCUUCUGAAAUACACAUUCAACGCAAGCAAAUAAAAGAUAUUGUAUCAUCCUUGCUCCCUGCGUGUGUAGAGCCUGAUCAAGUAACGAAAGUUCCAUUCGAUGUAGAUGCCAUCAUUGCCAACCCUCCAGCAUAUGGGCAUACUGAUGUUGCGGAAGCAUUGGAGGUACCAUUGCAUAUAUUUUUCACAAUGCCGUGGACGCCUACAAGUGAAUUCCCACACCCUCUCUAUCGUGCUUCACAGCCAGUUGCCUACAAAUUGUCAUACCAAAUGGUCGGCGGAUUAAUUUGGGUCGGAAUGCGGGAUGUGAUCAAUAGCUUCAGAAAGAAAAAAUUGAAACUAAGGCCAAUUACAUAUUUGAGUGACUCUUACUGGCCAUCUCCCGACAUUCCAUAUGGGUAUAUCUGGAGUCCACACCUUGUUCCAAAACCCAAAGAUUGGGGGCCCAAAAUUGAUGUUGUGGGUUUUUGUUUUCUUGACCUUGCUUCUAGUUAUGCUCCGCCAAAAGCACUUAUAGAGUGGCUUGAAGAUGGUCAAAAGCCCAUAUAUAUCGGCUUUGGCAGCCUUCCUGUUCAAGAACCAGAAAGAAUGACACAGAUAAUUGUUCAGGCAUUAGAGAUGACUGGCCAGAGAGGCAUAAUUAAUGAAGGAUGGGGUGGUCUGGGGAAAUUAAAAGAGCCAAAGGACUUUGUCUAUGUAGUGGAUAGUUGUCCUCACGACUGGCUUUUUGUUAGGUGUGCUGCUGUGGUUAAGUUUGGAAAAUCAUAAGUAAUGCUCCGUAGAUUUACUAAAGAGUAAAUCCUAAAUCCUUCCUCUCUUAGAAGGUGCAUCAUGGUGGUGCAGGAACCAACAACUGUUGUGCCUUUCUUUGGGGACCAACCUUUUUGGGGCGACCGUGUGCAUGCUAGGGGUGUAGGUCCUGCACCCAUCCCUGUGGACGAGUUCUCACUUGAAAAGCUGGUAUCUGCUAUUCAAUUCAUGCUUGACCCAAAGGUUAAAGAGAGGGCAACAGAACUGGCAAAAGCCAUGGAAAAUGAGGACGGGGCAACAGGAGCCGUGAAAGCUUUCUACAAGCAUUUUCCUUUGGACAAUGCCACACCCAAAUCCCAACGCCGUCUCAAUGCCCGGCCUAAUAAAACAUCACGCUGUCCUAACACUUGUUGUGUCUCUAUGUUAAGAUGUUUUUCACAUUCCUCUGAUUCUGAAAACGAAAGCAGGCAGCCGAGUUGAUGUUGAAAGGCGAGUCCAUUGUUAUAUAUUUUAGUGUAAUUGGAAAAACUACGACCAAUGAUCAUCAAAAGAAGUUUGGUGGUGCGGAGUGCACGUUUCAUUGAGUUUGUUACGAUAAAAAAUCUCGUUACAUUGGGGGUUCGGGGCAGCGCCCCCGAGUAGGGUUCAAGGGGCGGCGGCCCCUGCGGGGUCCAAGGGGCAGAGCCCCUGGCUGGGGUCGGCAACCUCGAAAAUUUUUUAUUUUGGGCUAGGCGCUAUGUUAAAAAAUUUAAUUGGAAUUU